GUUUGUAAAUUUGUAACAAAGUCUAUUCACCCCCCCCCCUCUAGACUUUGUAACUCACCACUUCGGGACCACCAUGAACGUUUUCUCGUGAGUAAGGCUCUCUUUAGUUGCAAGCUCUCUUCACGGAACCCAGUCGGUCCGCACGUUCUCAAAAUGAUUGGAUACAUAACCAAUCUGGAGAAACUCGGGUUCUCCUUGCAGAAGGAGCUGGCAACGGACCUGAUCCUGCAGUCGCUCCCUAAGCUGUAUAAGGGUUUUGUCAUGAACUACAUGAUGCAUGAUCUUGACAAACCCCUUCCGGAGCUUCUUAAAAUGCUCCAGACUGCAGAGGAGAACCUUACUAAGGGCAAGGGUGCUUCCGUCCUUAUGGUCCAAGGCGGAAAGGGGAAGCCGAAGAAGGGGAUUAAGAUUAAGGCUAGGAUGGUCGGAAAGCCUAAAUCGAAGUCCACUUCAUCUGCAACCCAGAAACCCAUAGGAGGAGUUGCAAAGGGCAAAUGUCAUCACUGUGGUAAGGCAGGCCACUGGAGAAGAAACUGCAAGACAUACCUCGCAACCAAGAAGAAGGAAGGUACGACCAUUUCUUCUGAGGUGUAUGUUAUAGAAGUUAACAUGUUUAUAUCUUCAUCAUGGGUAUUAGAUACUGGAUGUGGGUCUCAUAUCUGUACUACCAUGCAGGGACUGAAGCAGAGUAGACGGUUAGCUCGAGGCGAGAUUGAACUCCGAGUCGGCAAUGGUGCACCUGUUGCAGCUUUGGCAAUCGGAACUUAUAGUUUAGUCUUGCCUAGUGGUCUAAUGUUGGAAUUAAACGAUUGCUUGUAUAUUCCUGCAAUUAGCAGAAACAUUAUUUCUGUUUCAUGUCUUGAUAAGAGUGGUUUCAUCAUUUCUAUUAAAGACAAGUCUCUUUCCGUUUACAGAAAGAAUGUUUUCUAUGCUAAUGCCAACAUGACCAAUGGGUUAUAUGUCCUUGACUUGGACAUGUCUAAUCAUUCUGGGGGGUAUGCGCUGAGCACUGCAAUAUAUACUCUUAACCGAGUUCCAACCAAGGCGGUUGAAGGAACACCAUACCAGCUAUGGACGGGCAAAUGCCCGGUUCUGUCACACUUAAAGAUUUGGGGCUGUGAGGCUUAUGUCAAACGUCUUAUGACGAAUGGCAAGCUUGACGCUAAGUCUGAUAAGUGUUUCUUCGUGGGAUACCCAAAGGAAACUCAAGGGUAUUCAUUCUAUCACCCUAUCGAUAAGAAGGUAUUCGUUGCUCGCAAUGGUGUCUUCCUCGAGAAGGAAUUUCUCUCCAUCGCAACUAGCGGGAGAAAGAUAGAGCUCGAAGAAAUUCGAGACGACAAAGAAACUACCGCGCUGGUUCUGGAACAUGAGAUAGAGGAACAAACUGUUGUACCUCAACAUGCUCAAGAUACACAAGAACCCCGUAGGUCUAACCGGUUACGCACACAACCUGAAAGGUAUGGAUUCCUCCUAACCUUUGAGGGUGACGUAAUGCUUAUCGACCAGGAUGAGCCGGAGACCUACCUCGAGGCAAUCAGUUGUGCCGAGGCUGAGGAAUGGCGUCAAGCCAUGCAGUCCGAAAUGGAUUCCAUGUACACCAACCAAAUUGGGAUGGAUGGGGAUGGAUUCUUAGGACAAAAGGGGAUGUAUUUUCGUGGGUUUGAAGUAGGAAAAGGUGGAGGAAGGGUUUAUUCAAAGUAGGGAAUAUUAGGAAAGAAAACAACACACACAAAGCAAUUUUGUUUGUCCUUGUCUCUUCGAUUUUCGGCCAUGGCUUCAAAGGCAGGUGAAGGACUUUAUUUUGGUUAAUAAAGGCGAAUGAAAUACUUUUGGAUAU